AUCAUCAAACUCUUCAUAUAAAGGAAUAAACAAGAAACAAGAAGAUGAUGAUGGAUAGUACAUCAUCCAAUCCUCAUGGAGUAUCUCCCUCCAUUGCCAACACUGAUUAUCAUUCCUAUCAAGAGCCUUUUGAUCAUCAUACUUAUCAUAAUUCAUCAUCGUCAUCAUCAUCGGCCUACUACGAAUCAGCCAGUAAUAACAACAAGGUAAUAAUUGAUAGUAAUCAUCAUCACCAUCAUCAUCACGAUGAUCAUCAAAAACCUUGUCCAUCACUGAAUCAAUUCCUUACCCAUUCCACUGAACAAGAUGAUUUACACUUUACUGUUCGGGAAUAUCUCACCAAUAGAAGAAGGAGAACAACAAGUUAUGGAAUGUGUUGUGUUUGUUUUAAUGGAUGUGAAGGUUUGGUAGGACAUUGUAUACCAAAGAAGAUAUUCUAUCAUUUGAGUUCGUGUUGCUUGAGGAUUCCAGUGGUUGACCUGAUUAAUGAGAAUGUGUUUUAUAGAUUUGUGGUGUGGUUUCUGUUUGCAAGAUUGUACUUUAGUGCAAUUUAUGUAACACGAGUUUGGCAGUGGUUUGCUGAUGAUAGAAUGGAUAAUAUUAUUGUAGGUUGUGAUUAUAUUGGUGAUACUAGUGGAGUUGCAACAAUUUCAUUAAUGGCUGGAUUUAUUCUAUCAGUUACAGUAUUGAAUAAUGCAGUUCAAAUGCCGUUUUGGAAGAGAAUUUGUACUUUUCUAAUAGUUAUACUUGCUUUAGGAUGUGAUAUUACACAAACUAUAUGGUCAAUUAAUUGCUACCAUAAUAGUUUGUUCUCAAUUGAAAUCAUACCUAGAAGUUAUCCAUACUUGAAUCCAGGACAGACCAAUUUCACUUUUGUGAAUAUUACACACAUGAUAGAGUCUCCAAAAGAUUUUCUCGAUUUUCUCAAUUCCACUUCAAAGAAUAUGAUUUACAAUAUUCAACAAUCGCAAUACCAGUUUAUUUCUGGUUUUUUAAUUCUUCAAUGGAUACUUGCUUUUGGAUCAAUUUUCAUGAUUGCUCUCUUACUCAUCUCUUCCAUUGCUCAGGUCUAUACCAAAUUCAAAAUGAAGGAUUGGUUCAAUUUUUAUCGACACAGAUUGUCGAGGUAUUACUAUCAUGUUAGAACCUUGUUGAGAAAUAUUUCAAAGAAAAAGCUCAAACGAUCAUUUGCUUACUAUGCAAAUAAGAAUAGCUCAACUGAUACUAGUGCAAUCUCUACAUCAUUGAGCUCACUAGAAACGGAUGAAAUUAAAGAUCGAUUAGAUGAAAAGAUUGAAAGAUAUUGGGAAAAUAAGAAAAGAAGUGUUUUCAGAAGAAUUAUUGUAAUUCCAUUGCUGAAACUAAAGUAUUACGCCAAAAUUAAAUGGAUUGUUCUGAAACGAGCUUUGGAAAAUUAUUCAAGAGAAAAGUGGUCUAACUUCUUUUUCCCAUCAAGAUUUAUUAUUGGAAUGUCAUCUGCCUUGUUGAUUAGCUUACUCAUUGUGGGAACUUUCUCUGCCUUCUCUGUUCAUGUCAUGUAUUCUGCCAUUAACAUAAUUUAUUUAUUGUUGACUACCUUGUUUUGUGUCUUGUUUACGAACAACUCGGAUUCAUGUCAAGCUACUAUUACCAACAUACUGAUUCCAGCAUUCAAAGUUAUUGAGGUAAAUUAUUACCUUUCCGUGGUAAUUACAGUCAUUACCAUGUUCUCAAUUUCUUUAUUGAUUGCCAAGAAUUAUAAGAAUCAUAUGGAUUCAUAUAGAAAUGGAACUCUUCAAUUUUCACUCAAAUCUCAAUCAAUUGUCAAAGCUUCCAGUUAUCCUGGCUCACAAGCAGCUCACUAUGCAGUAGCAACAGCUGUUUACUUCUUCAUCAUUUAUGCAAUCCUUCUUAUUAUUGGAUUUGUAUGCUUGUUCAUUAAUGAAAUUUUCUUCGGUAUUGGAUUUUUAUUCCAGAACGGAUUGGAGCUUAUAUUUCGAAUUGUUUCCUUCCUUUCAGGUAAACUGAUAACAGUGGCAACUGUAUUCGUUUUACGAUUCAUCUUUUUGAGAAAGAAGGGAACUUGGCUUGUUCACACCAACGUUUUUGGAUUUAUGGAUUUGUUACUUAUUGUUGCCAAUUAUUUUUACGGUUUCUUGACUGCUGUAAUAAUCAGCACUGUGAAAACUGUAAUUUUUGCAUUAAUUAAUUAUGUAAGAUUGGAUUCUCCAUCAAAUCCAGCAUUCCAUACCUAUGCUGGUAUGUUGAAAGCUGAUGCUCAUCAUGCAGAUCCAAUCAUUAAUGUGUUUGCUGACAUUUUGAAAAAGAAAUCAAGAGAAAAGGAAGAGAAAAUGCUAAAUACUCUCCAACAAGAGCCACACUUGACCUUAAAUGAAUUGCAGACCAAAUCGAACACUUUUCAACAGCCAAAAUUGAAAAAUUACUUGAAAUUAAUUGCACUAUUAUCCAAGAAUCAACAAUUGGCUCAACAUAGAACCUCAAUGACUUCAGAAUUUUUCGAAGAAGAACUACACGAAAUUAAGAGAAUCAAAUUUUUGAAGAAGUAAAUCACAACACUAGAAUUCAAGAUUCAAAUAAAAGAAAAACAGUUGAAAUC